AUGGCUCAUGGCUCAAUCUACACGCUACCAACCUACACGCUACCCACCCCUACACUCUACCCAGACCCCUUACACCCCUUAGACUGCUCACCUCUCACUCAUCUGCCAUGGCUCAACCAACGUUCUCAGCGGCAGCACAACGGUGAUCAGCAACAGCUCAGGUACAACCCAGGAUCAGCGACAACCCAGCUGCGAUCAACAACAACUCAGCCUAGGU